CAGGUGGAGGGGGAAACUGGGCGGAGUGGCGUGAGGGUCACUGCGGUGGUGGUGGCUGGCAGACGGCACACUUCUGACACGGACCGUAAACCUUCAACAGGUUAUACUUGCUGGUUCGCCGACCCGUGUAGUCUUUGUUGUUUCCUUCCCAAGGAAACUCAAAGGAUUUUUCCUGUGAACUGUGUUUUUUACAAACGUCAAAAUUUAUCGCAGGCUGUCAACCAUGGCGUCAAAGCUGCGCUAUGAUGGUCGAGUAGCAGUUGUUACUGGAGCAGGUGCAGGUUUGGGGCGAACCUACGCUCUCCUCUUGGCUGAAAGGGGUGCGUCUGUGGUUGUUAACGACCUUGGUGGUGGUCGUCACGGAGAUGGUAGCAGCACCAAAGCAGCUGACACAGUCGUUCAAGAAAUCAAAGCCAAGGGAGGCAAGGCUGUUGCUGACUACAAUUCAGUGGAGGAAGGCGAAAAAAUUAUUCAAACUGCAUUAGAAAACUUUGGAAGGGUGGAUAUUCUUAUUAACAAUGCUGGUAUUUUGAGGGACAAGACAUUUGCUCGCAUCAGUGACCAGGACUGGGAUCUUGUUCACCGGGUCCACCUUAAAGGAUCAUUCAAAACUACUCAGGCUGCCUGGCCACACAUGCGCAAGCAGGAGUUUGGGCGUGUGAUCAUGACUGCCUCUCAGUCGGGACUGUGUGGUAAUUUUGGUCAAGCAAACUACAGUGCUGCUAAAUAUGGCCUCGUUGGCCUGAACAAUACUCUUGCUUUAGAAGGACAAAAGUACAACAUUCAUUGCAAUACAAUUGUACCUACAGCUGCAUCAAGGUUGACAGAAGAUAUUUUGCCCCCUGAAAUGUAUGCUGAGCUGAAGCCGUCUUUGAUUGCUCCUGUUGUUGCCUGGUUGUGCCAUGAAUCAUGUGAAGAUAACGGCAGUAUUAUUGACUCUGGUGCUGGCUUUGCAGCCCAGUGUCGCAUGUACAGGGGUGCUGGAGUCAAUUUGAGAAAGAAAAUAACUGAUGAGGUAUCAAUUGAAGAUGUUAGAGAUUCAUGGGAUAAAGUCACAGACAUGUCAAAAGCUACACCUUUGAGCUCUAUUCAAGCAGCAACAGGCAACUUGAUGACUGUUCUUGAAGAGCUGAAAUCUACCCCAGCAUCGGGAAAAGUUUUCAAGGAAAAGUUCUCUUACACACCUAGAGACUUGAUACUGUAUGCUCUUGGCGUCGGUGCUUCAACUAAGAAUCCUGAGGAUCUUCGUUUCCUUUAUGAGAAUGAUGAACAAUUCGCUGCUCUCCCCAGCUUCUACAUCAUCCCUGGACAGAUGAUCGGUAUGUUCUCAGGGCUGUGGGACAAUGCCAUUCCCGGAAAAGCAAUUGACCCCACCCAGCUGCUUCAUGGUGAACAAUAUGUUGAAAUCCAUAAGCCAAUUCAAACAUCAGGAACUCUAACAAAUGAGUGCCAGAUUGCUGAUGUUUUGGACAAGGGGAGCAAGGGAGCUGUUAUUUUAAUGGACAUCGACACAUUUGAUGAGGAGGGUGAUUUAGUGGCUCACAGUCAAAUGACUGUAUUUAUCAGAGGUGCUGGCGAGUUUGGUGGCCCUCAAACAUCCAGCAAACAAAUUAUGUGUGCUGAGAGACCCAAACGCAAACCAGAUGCAAGCCGUAUCCAAGCCACCCUCCUUGAUCAGGCUGCUUUGUAUCGUCUGUCUGGGGAUGCAAACCCACUUCACAUCGACCCUAACUUUUCAGCAAUGGGAGGAUUCGACAGGCCAAUUCUCCAUGGCAUGGCUACUCUUGGUUUCGCUGCAAGGCAUGUCCUUGAAUUGUAUGCUGGAAAUGACCCCAAUCUGGUCAAAACAAUUAAGGUCAGAUUCACGAAGCCAGUAUUGCCAAGUCAUACUCUGAAGACAGAUAUGUGGCGCGAGGGAAACCGAAUUCACUUUGAGACUUCAGUCAUCGAAACAGGAAACGUUGUCAUUUCGGGUGCAUACAUGGAUCUGAAAGAGGUGCAACCUGCAGCCAACAUGCACAAAGUCGCUGCCGAAUCCUUGAAGUGUGAGGAGAUGUUCAAUGAAAUGCGUAAGAGGAUGGACGCAGACCCUGCUACCGCCAAAAAAAUUAAUGGUGUUUUCUUGUACAAUAUCACCAAAAAUGGCCAAGUUGCCGGAAAAUGGGUUGUGGACUUGAAGCAGUGCAAGCUGUACAAGGGUGAUGCUGAAGCUGGUGUGAAGGUGGAUACUACUUUGACUGUUGAUGAUCAGGAUAUGAUUGAUAUUACUACUGGCAAGCUCAACCCCCAAGUUGCUUUCAUGAAGCAGAAGUUGAAGAUAACUGGAAAUGUCAUGCUCACUCAGAAGCUUCAAGGUUUGCUGAAGGCACAGCAGUCCAAACUGUGAUAUAUUUUUUUUUAACUAUGGUUUACACUUUAUGCCAUUUUUUACGCUUUCCUCUUGUUUUGAUUUGUUCUCCAAUGUCUAUGGGAGGAAUGUAUUGUAACGAGAUUGGCUUUAAAACUGAUGUUACCUGCCCAAUUUUAAAAAUUAAAAUUUUGUAAGACACCAUUAUUGUGACUACAACUUUGGACUGAUGGUUAUGGUAUUUUGGUGGUGACUGGGUCAUACAAUGAAACAUUCAAUUUCAACCUUAGGGAACCCCAUGUGGCAACAUUAGUCUCAAUGCAUUUAUCAUUCUAGUGUCAUGUGUUCUGUUUGUGUACAUUCCCUAGCAUUUUCAUCAUGAGUUUGUGAUAAGAAAUUGCUUCUGAUUUCAUGUCCCACCAUGUAUUGCAAUAUUUCUUAAUGCAACAUUUUAUGAAUUUCAUUUGUAUAGUUAAAAUACUGGUCAUAAUGUUGCAGUUUUUCACAAUAAAUUUUUAUUAUUUUCAUGUUA